UCACUUACUAUUUGGUGCUCCAAGAAUUAACAAUACAAAUCAUCAACAUGUUCAAGAUCAUCCUAGCAGCUGCUGUGGUAGCGGUAGUCGCGGCGCGUCCUCAGGACGGUCACCACGAACACCACCACCAUGCCUCCUCCUCACAGAGCAUCAAGCAGUACCACGGGAAAGCUACCGAGAAACACGUCGAGUACUACUCUCAUCCCAAAUAUGAGUUUGCGUACAAAGUAGAGGACCCUCACACUGGUGACAAGAAGUCCCAGCAUGAGUCUCGUGAUGGUCACGUCGUGAAGGGCGUGUACAGUCUGCAUCAGCCUGAUGGCUCUGUCAGAAUUGUAGAAUACCACGCUGACAAGAAGACCGGAUUCAACGCCAACGUGAAGUACGAAGGUCACGCUGUACACAUUGUUCCUGAACAUCACCAUCACCACUAAUUCCUUAAUACUUCUUAAUGACUGUUAAAUAGUUACCUCUAAAAUUGUUGAUUGUUU